AGUCAGAAAAUACCACUUCACACUUUAUGAAGCCAGACAACAACAUCAAGGGAGCUCUGUGUGAGUUCUUGUUUCCUUCUUGGAGAGCCUCACUUGUGAUCUCUGGGAGAACCCCAUGCCGGUUUGAGGGCAAGAACUUUGUGCCCUGGCCUCAUGAGGAUCUCAGGGGAUGGCGGUCAGGGCCACCACCAGCCUACAGCCUUUAUGCCAAGUAUAUGUGGUCCCACCACAGGAGCAAGGAACCCAGGCACGUUUUGCCCCUGCACUGUGGAGCAUGACAACCAGCUCUGUGUGCCAGAGCAGGAGAGCCACGUGGGCCCUUGGCGCAGAGCAACAGAUGCAGUCAGCAUUGCGGUGGAAGCUGGGAUGUGGAGAGCAGCUUUGCUAAGCCGGACCUCAACCAUGAGAUCUCUCCUCCUGGCCCUGUUUGGGAUCUGCUUUCUCACUGAAUUCAUCGUGGAAGGUGUGGGGAGUGAAGUCCUAGAAAGGAGCAUCUGUAUGAGUCUGACGACCAAGAGACUGCCAGUUAAAAGCAUCAAGACCUACACCAUCAAGGAGGGCUCCAUGAGAGCAGUAAUAUUUAUUACCAGACGUGGCUUUAAAUUCUGUGCUGAUCCACAAGCUGACUGGGUGAAAAAAGCAGUAGAGAGUGUGGACAAGUCUACCAGAAGAAACAUGAAACAGACCAAGCCUACAGGAGCCCAACUGUCCACCAAUACAGCUGUAACCCUGACUACAUAGAGGCCUUCUAGCACCUCAUUCGUUCACUAGCCAACCAGCUUAUUUCCCUUUAUAAACUCCUGGACUAAUUAGAUUAUAUUCACUUUUUAUAAAAGUGCUGCAUGAGUCAACUUAUUUUCUUGUAUUUUUAUUUUUCAUAGUCAUUUAGAUGCUUUAAUUAAUAAAUAUUUAUUAUCAAGAAUAGUCUAUUCAUUAUGUAUUGGGAAAGAUAAUAUAUAAUUUAUGUUCUGUCUCUGUUCUAACUGUACCUCCUUUUGAUGAUAUUCAUGAUUUUGGUCAGUGUUUGUCAGAUAAAAGCUAUAUUCAUCAGUCUUAGGUUCCAGCUUGCAAGUGACAAUUGUGACAAUGUGACAAGUGACAAUUGUGACAAUGGCAAUUUAAGAUCUAUUUCCACUAUCUUCAUAAUAAAGUUCUAUUUAUGAAAUAGGGGAGAUAAUAA